AUGGCGCCGUCCAAGUGCACGAUCGCCUUCCUCCUCAUCCUCGCCGCGGUGUCCGCCAGCCUCCACCCCUCGUCGGCGGCCAGGAUCCAGGCAGAGGAAGGGGCGUCUCCGCAGCCGCCCGCGUCCUUCUGGCGCCCCUGGCGCCCCAGGGUGCCGCUUCCGUCGUUCCCCUGCAUCCCGGGCCUGCCGCGACCCCGGUUCCUGCCCCGCUGCAACGACUCCUCCGGUGGCGCGCCGCUCACGCCGCUCCCGUCGUUCCCCUGCAUCCCGGGCCUACCGCGACCCCGGUUCCUGCCCCCCUGCAACGACUCCUCCGGAGGCGCGCUGCCGCUGCCGCUGCCGCCGCCGGCGCCGCAGCCGGCGGAGUGCGGCACGUCCCUGUCGGCGCUGACGGCGUGCGCGGACUUCCUCACCGCCGCCAACACCACUAGCAGCUUGGUGCCGCCGCCGGCAGCGUGCUGCGACGGGGUGAAGGCGCUGGUGAAGGACGCGCCCGUCUGCCUCUGCCACGUGAUGAACGGCGACCUCGGCAAGCUCCUGCCGGCGCCCAUGCUGCGCCUGCGCGCCAUGGCGCUCCCCCGCGUCUGCGGCGCCGCGGUGCCGUUGGGCACGCUUCGCCAGUGCAUCAGGGGCCCUGUGCCGCCGAUGGACGCCCCAGCACCACCGUCGUGA